AAUCCAUGCCUAUGAUCCAUGUUGUCAAAUCCUUUUUACUUUUUUGUGAUUUGGAGUUUGGAAUAUUAGUAAAGGCGGUUCUUAUGUGGUGAAGUUUAUCUUGUCCAUGAAACGAAGUAAAAACAAUUUUAUCGUAAGCAAAGCAAAGACGGACGCGUGCUUAUCUUGCAACGAAAUUUAACUAUAUUUUUUGGAUAUCAUCAUGAAUUUGUAUGCUUGGGGUGCUAACAGCUAUGGCCAAUUAGGGCUUGGGCAUAAAUCGGAUGAGGAGUUAUUACCUAAAGAAGUUCAGUUAAAAGCAUGUGAUUUGAGAGCAGAAAACAUAGUUUCUAUAGCAGGGGGUGCAGGCCAUACAUUAGUUUUGGACUCUAAAGGUGUAGUGUACUGUUGCGGCUGGAACUCUAAGGGUCAGUUAGGACUAUCUGAUGAUACUUUUAAAUUGACACAAAUUGAGAUUUUAAAGGAAUUUAAAAUCGUACAAAUAUCAUGUGGCUGGGAUUUCAGUGCAGCUGUCUCUGAAUGUGGCAAACAAUUUGUCUGGGGUAACAACCAGUAUACUCAACUUGGUCUUUCCAAAAGUAUCACUUGCACUGGUAUUCCGUCUCGAUUACAAGUCUCUCAAAAACUAGCAACUGGAUUUCAACAGGUAAGCUGUGGCUUAAGGCAUUCAGCAAUUAUAACCAAAGAUGGAGGUCUCCUGGUUGCUGGCACUGGAGCAAAAGGGCAAUUGGGACUGGGAGACAAUUUUGAUGAUAAUAAUUAUUUAAGUAUAUCAAGAGUACCAGAAUUAAAUGAUGUAAUAAGCGUGGCUAGUGGGCAACAUCAUACAUUAGUGUUACGGGGAAAUGGAACAGUACUUAGUUGGGGAGACAACAAGUUUGGUCAAUUAGGUGUUGAUCCAAAUGUUGCCAAUAGUUUUGUCCCCUUGGAGGUCUAUAAUAGCGAUGCAUUGGAAAGUGUAUAUGCUGGUUGGACCCACAGUGCAUGUCUUCUUAAAAAUGGUGACAUUCUCACUUGGGGUCGUAACAAUUAUGGUCAGCUGGGAGCUAACCGGGACAUUACAUAUAGACCUGAAAAAGUCCCAACUUUAGGGAAUGUGAAGCAACUCAGUCUAGGAUCUGAACAUAACCUAGCUGUCACCAAUCAAAAUAAGUUGUUCGCCUGGGGAUGGAAUGAACAUGGCAGUUGCGGUACUGGGGAUAAAAUAGAUGUUAAGACACCAGCACCAUUAUUUCCUAAUAAAAGAGUUAAGUUGGCUUUUGCAUGCACCGGUAGUUCUUUUGCAAUAGUGGAAUAGCAAUACCUAGUUUUGUUUCCAAGUGCAAGAAUCUAUGCCAAAAUAGUAGUCUUCACUUGGUAAAUAUCAAUUCAACUGACUUCUGAAUUUUCAUUAUUUAAUUAUGAGUACACACCAUCAUUUUUUCAGUUAGUAUUUUUUGUAUUGUAAUUAUUGUAUGAUCUAUUUUUAUAAUAAAAAUUUUCAUUUUUCACUUGAAUAGUUUUUGGGUAUAAUUUGGCAUUGUGCUUGUCACUUACCUCCUGAAAAAAACAUUAGGGAAAUCAUUAUCUUCAUUGAAAUCUUUAUUUUAAAACUAAAACCCUUUUUGUAAAAUUUUGUAAUGAAAUUGUACAUAAUAUACUCAUUUUAUUAAACAAUAUAUUGAGCUGAGAUAAUAUAAUUUUAUAAAGU